AUAAUUUAUAAAAAUUGGAGAGUGCUAAUUUUGUAAUUAACUUAAAGAUGUUUUGGGUCAGAUAUGACCAUAUCUCUGUAUAUAUUAAGCUCUCUGUUUAUCUUCUACACGACUCUCAAACCACUCUCUCAUCUUCUCUUCCUUAAACUUAAACUCAACAUUCCUUCUUCUUCGCCAAUCACAAACCCAUGGCAACGUGCAUCGACACAUGCCGAACCGGAAAUACCCAAGAAGACGAUUGCCGGUUCUAUUGUACCAAGAAUUUCUUCCGACCCGGUUAUUCUCUAAACCGGAAGAUCCACACCCAAACCGAAGAAGACGACGUCUGGAUCAAAAUGCUUGAAGAAGCCAAGUCCGAUGUCGAGCAAGAACCCAUUUUGUCAGACUACUACUACGCUUCGAUCACAUCUCAUCGAUCAUUAGCUUCUGCUUUAGCUCACAUCCUCUCAGUAAAGCUCAGCAAUUCAAACCUCCAAAGCAACACACUCUUCGAGCUGUUCAUCAGCGUUUUAGAAGAGAGCCCCGAGAUCAUCGAGUCGACGAAGCGAGAUCUGGUAGCGGUUAAAGAAAGAGACCCGGCUUGCAUAAGCUAUGUUCAUUGCUUCUUGGGUUUCAAAGGCUUCCUCGCUUGUCAAGCUCAUCGUAUAGCUCAUAAGCUCUGGAAACAGAAGAGAAAAAUCGUAGCUUUACUGAUCCAGAACAGAGUAUCUGAAGCUUUCGCCGUCGAUGUUCAUCCGGGAGCCGAGAUAGGAAAAGGGAUUUUGUUAGACCACGCGACGGGGGUGGUGAUCGGUGAGACGGCGGUGGUUGGAGACAACGUUUCGAUUCUACACGGCGUGACGUUGGGUGGAACGGGGAAACAGAGCGGUGAUCGGCAUCCGAAGAUAGGCGACGGAGUGUUGAUCGGAGCAGGGACUUGUAUACUGGGGAAUAUUAAGAUCGGAGAGGGAGCUAAGAUUGGAUCCGGUUCGGUGGUGGUUAAGGAUGUGCCGCCGCGUACGACGGCUGUUGGAAACCCGGCGAGAUUGAUCGGUGGGAAAGAGAACACGAGAAAACUUGAUAAGGUCCCUCCUGGUCUAAGUAUGGACCAGACAUCAUAUAUAGCGGAAUGGUCUGAUUAUGUGAUAUAAAAAAAAAAAAAAAAAA